UAACUUCAUUCAAUGUACCAAGCUCACUCCAAACAUUUGCCCAUUUAUUCUCUAUUAAAAAAACAACAACAAACGAACAAAUAUCCCAGCACAAACACGCGCACAGACCGCAAGGCCCCUUGAAUCAACUACCGCUCACAUGAGGGCGCUCUAAGGAUCGGAUCCAGUUAAGGCGGAUAAUAGUCGCGAAGGCAGAUCUGAAUGUUUAUCGACAUUUCAUUAUGUUGGAAAUCUACCUUCUAUAGAUACAUCUCUAGUCUAGUUACUAGAAUACUAGAUUAAGGUUAAGUAUAGAGUCUAGUCUAUCAUAGUCUAUGAAUUAAGAAUGACUACUGAAAAUCCUCCUCCUGCAAACACCAGCAAUCCUUGGCGCAGGGCCUUAAGAACAUCUAUCGCCGCAUUGCUAGUUGAGGCUGGCUAUCAGUGUGCAGAAAAUCUGGCUAUCGAGACACUUAUUGAGAUGACUCAAGCAUAUAUAUGGGAGGCUGGUCGCAGUGCAAGUUCAUUUGCUGAAUUGGCUGGACGAACCCAUGUGAUGCCAAGCGACGUUGUGUUAGCCCUGGUUGAAAUGGGUUUAGAUUUUACUGCGAUUCCUAAUUAUGCAAAACGAGAAAAUAAAACAGUAUUUCUUCCUCCUGCCCAAACAGCAAUUACAGCAACUUCUAAGAUUCUACAAGUUGGGGAGAAAAAAAAGCACCCUACCCAUAUUCCAGACCACUUACCAUCUUUCCCAGAUCCCCACACAUAUAUUAAAACACCAUGUUAUAAGCAGCCGGCUAAUGAGUACCAGUUGGUCAGAGAGAAGGCUGCCACACAAAAACGAGAUGUGGAAGUGGCACUGACGCGCUUCAUUGCUAAAACUGGACCAACCCAUUCCCUGUUCCGAGACGACAAGUCAGCAUUUCCUUUAAUAGCAUGCAAACCCACACCUCUGCCCUACCUGUCAGCACUUCUACCUAUGGACAUUGAGGCGUCCAGUCAAGACAGCUCAGACCUAGUGCCUAACCAGAAUCUACAUCAUGCUUCAAAUCAGAUGGGCAUUCAUGACAUUGGUGGUAGUGAAACAGCAGCAGAUAGCGACACCAUAGAUAACCCAUACCUUAUACCAGCAAAAAUAGCCAAGAAAAAAUGGAGAUAGUAAUAUUUGCAAUAAAAAAUGUCUGUGUAUAUAUAUAAAUAUAUGUAAUGUAUAUUUUUCUUUUACUCUUUACAUGUAAA